AUGAACGUCUGGAACGAAUUCCACGUCGAUGGAUUCAAUAACCGCAGAGUCCUCUCAAGAGUGGAGCUCACGCUCAAGUCACCCAAACGCAAGAGCUUCUGGCAAAACAACCCGGGGUCGACACCGGAGCAUCACUUCGUAUUCUUUGGCACACAUGAUGAAGCGGGUGACGCCAAAGUUGUGCACCCUUUCCUACAGGCAGCAAACGUGCAGCACUUCAAGGUGCUGCGUGACGGCAGAGGGCAGUAUUACCUGUGGUUUGAGAAGUUCCCUUCUCUCAACCAGCUGGUGGAGUAUUACAAGAACAACUCCAUCACCAAACACAGUCAAAUAUUCCUACAAGAACCGCGACAACAGCAACGAGGCUCGGCCAGUUUACCGCCUCCCACCGCUCCUCCUCAGCCCGACAGCCCACCUACACCUGCAUCAGGACAGCAGGAAGCCUCCUCCGGGCUGCAGGUCAGAGCUCUGUACAGCUUCGACGCCGAGGAGAAGGACGAGCUCGCGUUCAACGCCGGCGACGUCAUCAAGGUGGUGGAGCGCUCCGACCAGGCCUGGUGGAGAGGCCAGCUGAGAGGCAACACCGGCCUGUUCCCCUCCAACUACACCAAACCCAUCUGAGAGGAGCCGAACCUCCAACACGUCACACGUGUCCAAUACUUCAUUUAACCCUGAACUAUAAACUAGCAGCUUAACCCUCUGUGUCAGAGUAAAAACACACACAUCAUUUUAUAAUUAUGGUUUAAUAAAACAGUGAUGAGCCUUAAUAUUGAGAGCAAAUAUUCAUACGUUAUUUUCACCUGCCCUGUAAAGAGGUGGAAUGUAACCGAGUACAUUUACUCAAGUACUGCACUGAAGUACAGUUUAGAAGUACUUGUACUCUAGUAUUUCCAUCUGAUGCUACUAUACUUCUACUCAACUACACCUCAGUGAACUGCUGUACUUUCUACUCCACUACAUUAAUGUUACUUUUCACAUCAAGUUUUUUACGAUUAAAGCAUUUAAUCUCUUUAUAAAACAUUAAAA